UGCCUGCACACAAGGCAAAUGACGCCCCUUCACUGGACUGGCCAUGGGUCGUUAAUGGUUGUAGGCCCUUCGAGAGGCCCAGAUGGAAGGAACUGGUGCUCGUACAUGGUCACAAGGACAGUUUCCUGCCAUGUCCAGAAUGGCACCUUCCUGCAGAGGGUGUUCCAAGGCUGCCGCUGGCCUGGGGGCUGCAACGGAGGCAGCUACAGAGCCAUCGUGAGACCAGCGUACAAGGUGGCCUACAAGACAGUCACGGCUCUGGAGUGGAGGUGCUGCCCAGGCCACUCAGGGGUCAACUGUGAAGAAGGUAGGAAAAGCCGGAUGAACAGGGCUCCUGGGGGAUGUUUUGAGCUGUAUUUCUCCCCAGUCCCUUUACUCUCUGUUCUUUCGGUUGAUUUCCCAGGGUGUUUGAAUUGCAGCAAAGUGGUGGAACUGACGGCGCGUCUCAACAGCCUGGAAGCCAAGGUGGCAUUGCUGUCAGCGGCAGAGCCUGCAACCUCCCCAGGACCCAACAGACACCUCGUAACCAAGGGGGCUGCCCCCUCGGAUUCCUACCAGCUCUGGGGGUCUCCAUCCACUCACGGGAGCCCUGGGGAUGAAGGUGUGAAAGGGAACCCAGGAGUGGGAGAGACGCUGCGGGGUGCCGUUCCCGGACGGGAUGGGAAACCAGGGCCCCAAGGACCCCCAGGCCCAUCGGGUCCCAAGGGAAAUGCUGGGAGCCAGGGGCCAUCAGGAAUCCCUGGAGCCAAGGGUCCCGCUGGACCGCCAGGCCCCCCGGGGCCGCCAGGGCGGGAUGGUGCCAGGGGCAUCCCCGGAGAGAAGGGAUUUCCGGGCCUUCCAGGGCCCCCGGGACCUCCAGGGCCCCCUGCCCCAGUGGGGCCUACAAUAUCCCGCAUCGCUGAUCCAAGGGACCCGCUUCUGUCAAACACCUUCACUGAAUCUGGCAGCGUUGGCACCAUGGGGCCUGCGGGACCCCCAGGGCCUCCAGGGCCAAUGGGUCCUCUGGGCCCCCCAGGGCCAGUCGGGCUGCCAGGCCCUCCAGGGCACGAUGGUUUACCCGGAGCGCCAGGUGCUGACGGAGCCAGCGGUCCCCCAGGGGAGAAAGGAGACAGAGGCCCUCCUGGCUCUCCUGGGAGCAGAGGCCUGGACGGGGAACAUGGGCAGCCGGGUCCAAAAGGCGAACAGGGGGACAAAGGCACCUGGGGGGAGGGGUUACACCAGCUCCGAGAGGCUUUGAAGAUUUUAGCUGAGAGGGUUUUAAUCUUGGAAACAAUGAUUGGGCUUUAUGAACCAGAGCCGGGUUCAGGCGCCGAACCCUUCCCCACUAGCGCCCCCAGCUUCCAGCGGGGCAAGCGCGACAGGCUGGCAGCCUACAGCAGCCCACACCAGCUGGCCCAGACGGCCCAGGACGAGAGCAAGUGAAGAGGGGCAGCCACCCGAGCAGGAGUCGUCUCCCCAAGCAUUAAGGCCCCCUUGGGUACCUCCCCUCCCCCACAUUGUUCUGGACUGUCACAUGAAGAAACGCUUGAGGAGCCUUCCCAGGCCAUGCAGCUGGCCGGUGUGACUCUAUUUAUUUGGGCUGUUUCUAGAGGCCUAUAACCAGUGCUAUGUGUGUACUAACUGACCCCCUGCUGGCUGCCUCCUCAUGGCUCCCCUACCCCGUGCUCCCCUCAUUGUACUGCAGGGGGCGCUCUUAAUCUCUUGGUGCUAUUGUGUGGGAUGUCUUCUAGAUGACCUUGGCCCGUAGCUCCCCGGCGUGGCAGGGAUGGCAGAGAGAGCAUCGUUCUCCCUUCUGCCCCCAAAUGCAGAGGGUUUAUCCUGGGCACUCCCCAGGAAUCCAGUCUUUGGCUCCCCCACUGGGGGGGUGCAGGAGAUGGUGCCUUGGCCCUUCCCAGUCCGCAGGGAUUGGCUCAGCUCCCAUGGAGCCAAGUUCCUGCCUUUUCCCCUGUGAAUCCACCCCCAGAGCAGGGGCAGCUGGGACGUGUGUAGCGCUGCCCAGCACUAGGCGCUCCACCAGUCCGUUACCCUGUUACGGGUUUGAGCCCCGGCAGCCCCUGAGCAGCUCUGCCCGUACCACUGGACACUGGCACUAAGGUGGGGUGGCCCCAGCUGGACCCUGAAAACCAAGCUAAGCAGGCUGAGCCUGGGUUGAGCGCACACCUGCUUGAACCCUGCCGGGCUGGGCUCUGGCUGCCACAGGCCCCGCUGGCUCAGCCAGCCUGCCCUCAGCCUGGCUUCAGCAAAGGGGUUAAUUACCCACGUGGCCACCCACUCAUCUCUGAGUGUCCAGGCCUCAGGCCCAGGGGGCAGCUGUGGGGCUUCCACCAAACCAUGUGAGGGGCAGCCCGUGACCCAACAGCCAGGCCCCCACGCCGGCUGCUGUGCCGUGAAGGUGUCUGCGCAGAUAGCGAUGGGAUGCUAGAAGCCACUGAGGCAGGAGCACCCUGCACCCAGGCAGUCUCGCUGGCUGCACCCACCAUGUGCCCGCUUCUUACACCCCAAAGGCUCUACCUGGAGCACCAGUUCUUCUGGAGCAGGGACAGCUACCACCCCUGGGUGGGCCUCAGGCAGGUCCCCUUCCAGCAUCCCCAGCCCCACCCUGGGCACCUUCCCCCAGGAAGGAGGGUUCUUCCACCUGGAGGCCAAAGUGUCACCAAGGGCAGUCGCCAUGGCUGGACACAGGCAGGGGUCAGGCCUCAGCUCCCUGCUCCACCUCCUUGAUCAGCAUCCCCUCGGCUAACGAUGGCUGGGGAGGGUGGAGACAUAACCCAAACCUACCUAGCAGCAGCACACUCUUGCCCCACCUCCCACCAUCCUUCCCUGUGGGCCCUGAGACGCACUAACUGGGAGAGCUGCUGUAAAAUGGGGAGAAAGGCCAGGAGCAAGGAAGUCUGGGAUCAUUAGCGGGGAGGCCCGUCUGAAACCAGCACCCAGUGCAACCCUGCCACCAACUGCGCAAGCGGCUGGGGAGGGAACCGGUCUUCAUAUUGUGUACCUCGUGAUCCCGGCCAGCUGGGGGACAAAUGGUCUAAAGGUCAUUAAAACGUGUCGCUAAGCUCCA